AUGGAAGAAGUUUCAGUAGAAGAUGAAUCAGAGCUCUCUGCAGGGCAUCCAUGCUGUAAUGCGUGUGUUCUAGGCGAAGUAGAAAGAAUACUUGAAGAAGAAAGAAGUAUUGACAUGUUUGGGCUUUCUUGCAUGGGAAAAGAUGACUGCAAAAAUAUUCUUCCUUGGGAGGAAAUUGCCAGGAAAUUACCUGAUCAACUAAGUGAUCAAUUAGAAGCUAUGAUACAAAAAGAAAAUCUGAAUGCUCUUGGAAUAGAAGUUGAAAGUUGCAAAAAAUGCGGCUUCCCUGCUGUAUUAGAGACAUCCAAGGAAGAAGAUCAGAUUUUUGAAUGUCCUGAGUGUGGAGCGCAGCACUGCAGACUUUGUCAUGAAAAUUGGAUUGAGGAGCACGAAAUACUAAGUUGCGAUGAAAUGCGAGCCUUAGGUUUAAGACAUGCUGGAGGGGGCAAGUGCAAGGAAUGUGGAAAUAAAUGCAGCAAGUGGUGGAAGGAGAAUGAUGAAAUUGAUGACGAUAAACUAGAUUCAAAUGAGGCAAUGGAAUCAAGCGCAAAAGAACACAAUUUCUGUUCCAGCUGUAUAAGAAAGCAAGUACAAGAAAUAGUUAAUGGUAGCAGUGUUGUUGACCUUCUUGGAAUCCCUUGUCCGAGCGCAGAAAACUGCUCAAAUAUCAUUUCUUGGCCUGACCUCCGCAACCAUGUAACUGGAGUAUUAAAAAGACGACUGGGAGCUGAAAUGCAGAAAGCAAAUUUGCGAGUCAGUGGGGUAAAAACUGAAAGCUGUAAAAAUUGUGACUAUACUGCUGUACUUGAAGUUCCUAAAGAACAAGAUCAAGUAUUUCGAUGUCCAAAAUGUGGAGCGCAGCACUGCAGGAUUUGUUCCGAAAAAUGGACUGAAAAACACGGACAGCGACCUUGCAGUGAAGAUGCAAGCAUAGCUUUUAGACAAUAG